AUGCCCAUCAGGCUUUCCGCCGUCGUGCGGCGACAUGGCCUGGCUUUCCGGGUCCGCAUGGCUAUAAAUCGUUGGCCGACAGGGGGUGGUAGUGUGUGGAUUGCAAUUACUUACCCCCUCUCCGCUUCUGGCUCUUUGAUUUGGCGUUCUUCGACAAUGGCGGUGGUUCAGUUCGAUGACGAGGAUUUGGCGGUCGGGCUUGCCCGGGGGGAGCUUUCCUUGAUCGGCCGGCUAAUUGGCUCUCCACCGCCGCUCUAUGCACUGGGGAUGAUGCUGGGUCGAGUGUGGCGGUACAAAGGGGAUCUCAUAAUAUCCGCCGUUGAGGAGGGGCUAACCCAAUUCCUCUUUUCACAGAAGGCUGACCUGCACAAGGCGGUUACCAAAUCCCCCUGGAUCUUCGACAAUUUCAUGUUGGUGCUGGCACGGUGGGAAGACCCGACUCCACCGGUGGCUGAUCGUCUUCGCUGGGCUCCGAUGGCGUUGCAGAUUUGGAAGGUCCCGUUCGAAUGUUUCACUGAGAAAAUUGCAUGGCGGUUGGGCUCCUCUCUUGGGGUGCUUCAUGAUCCUCCCACGCUUCACCGGUCGGAUGCUUUGGGUGGGCUUUAUGUUCGAGCGGUUCCAGUUCUUGAUCUCACGGCCCCUCUGCUAGAUGGCAUUACUGCUGGUCAUGUCGAUCAGACUCGAGGUAACUUUGUAGCUUCGGUUAAAAUGGAAAAGGUUCCUCACUUUUGCUUCCUGUGUGGUGUCAUUGGGCAUAUUGGUGAGAACUGCCCGCGGAAGGAGGCGUUCGCCGGUGUUACCCCAAAGUAUGGAGUGUUCUCAGUUGCCACCGAAUCAGGGUCCCCCGUGACAGAGGACACUCUCUCCAAGUGA